AUGUCUCCAAGUAGAGAAGCCACACCACCACCACAGGAAGGGUUCGCACUCCUCACCUCCACUCAUCGCGACAUUGUCGAAGCAAGUGCCUUCAAUACCUACGGCACGCGCUUCGCAACCGGUUCCGCAGACGGCAAAAUCAAAGUCUACAAUCGCCAUCACGACGGUUCGUGGAUGCAAUGCGAUACAUGGGGCGCGCAUAACGGCGGUGAAGUUCUACAAUUACAAUGGUUGCCUCCUACUAUCCAUCCGAAUCUCAUCGCAUCUAUUGGUACCGAUGGACGGUUUAAGCUGUGGGUUGAGGAUCCUACGUUGGCGCCCAAUAAGGGACGCAGAUUUAACUCCCAUAAUAAUCGGCCCGUGUGGGAAACACGAUCGCAUACUCGCGCGCCGUUUUUGAGUUUCUCGAUUAAACGUCAUGCGGAGAGUAGACAUACCUAUAUUGCGUUGGUGGAUCGUGAUGCGCAAUUGAUUAUCUAUGAGAAUGAAGAGCCGGAGAACAUGACGGCGUGGACAGAACUCGAUCGGGUGAAUGUGUGUGAGAAGCCUGCGAGGGGAGAGGAGGUUAGUUUCAAGGUGGCCUUUGAUCCGAAUCUGGAGCCGUGUUAUAGAGCUAUUCGAGAGGGGGUCCCGAGAGAUGCGCUGGGAUUGGUCGUCGCAAGUAUGAAUAAAGCGAGUAUUUGGCGCACGAAGGAAAUAUCGCAUACGGUUAGUCUGGGGAGUGCGAGUACGAAGGAACUUUAUUUGGCGGCAGAGUUGAGGGGGCACAGGGGCUUGGUCAGGGAUGUGACGUGGGCGGCGGGGAACAUUAGGGGCUGGGAUGAGGUGGCUACGGCGUGUAAGGAUGGGGUUGUGAGAGUUUUCCGGGUGGUGACUGGUAGGGAGGGUGAGGGGUUGGAGGGCAGAAGUAGUGAUUUCGAGAAGGUACCGGAAAAAAUAGUUGCGCGAAAUUCGGCGCAAAUGACAAUUGAAAAUGGAGCAAAACCCGCCCCUUCUGGUAUUGGUGCAGGACUAGCAGGUCAAAAAACGAAUCGAAGUCGACAGCAAGAAGCUCAAGGUAGAGAUGGAGCGGUAAUUCAUGCCGUGAAGGAGAUUUCUAGGUUAGAAGCAGAUCGAGCGCCAGUUUGGAAGGUAGAAUUUGACGCCGAUGGGCAAUUAUUGGGGUCUACAGGGGAUGAUGGAAAAUUGAUGAUGUGGAGAAGAGAACCGACUGGUCUUUGGAGUAGAAGCGCAGAAUUGGCGAUGAAUAGAGCGUGA